AUGUCACCACCACGUCGACGGUCGGCCAGGCUGGCCAGUUCCAGCGCUGCAAAGAAAAAGGCAACUCCGGAGCUUCCCUCUGUCACUGAGGGAGACGAGACGCCGUCUCGAGCCACGACGAGCAACGGGAAGGCGGAUGCCCGCUCUCUGUCACCGUUGCCUGAGCCAAAAACACCGCUUUCCUCGGCGCUAAAGCCGCCUCGCAGCGAAAUGCACCCAAGCAGAUAUCAUUCGAGCACCGGCGAGCCCUCGUCUGCUCUGAGACUGGGCUUCUCCGACAUUCCCAAGGACGGCCGUACCCCUGGCGGUCAAGAUGGUACUCCUUCCAAAGCCAACAGGUUGCCCACUUCCAGCUUCACCUUUCAAAUUGCGCGCGAGGCUGCGAGUGCUGAGCUGAGUAGCGAUGCUCGGCGGAUGCUGGACGAGAUUCGCGACCAGGCUGCCAAGAUCAAGGCCGAGUUGGUCGCGCAGCGGGAAGCAGAAGGUGGCGCAAAGGUUGAAAACAGACCGUUUGCAAAGCCGAAAGGAAAGGUUGGCCGAUUCAGCGCCGCUCAUAUGGCCGAGUUCAAGAAGAUGGAUUCUAUUCAAGGUCAUGCGUCUGCUUGGAGAGCGCAAGAGGGCCGUUUCACUCCGGUCAAGUCCCUCAAGCGAACACCGUCAAAGGCGAAUCUGGAUGCGACGCCAGCGUCGCAAAAGACGGAUGCAAAGGCAUCAGUCCAAGACACACCCGAUUCCAGACCCAAGCUCAGCCUGAAACGCAAGUCUUCGGCUGCCAAUCUAGACGGCCAACGCGACUGCCAGGCAGCUCCGAAGCGGCAAAACAGCAAUGCGACUCCUGCAAAGUUCUCCGCCUCGACCACGUCAAUCCCCGCACCAUCAUCCGCCGCAAAGAGGUUCAAGCAGCGUCAAGAGGAUGACGCUGCUACCACUCGCCCAAAGUCGCUUCAUGCAUGCCCGAGCAGGCCCGACUCUGUCUUUUCGCGACUAGCAAGCCCGAAGAAAGCACCUACAGCAGCCUCCGCAGCCUCCGCAACCAAAUCCUACGGGAAACUUGCCGUCAAACCCAAAGCGUCUCUGGCUCAACCGCCUGCAAACGUGCAUCCUUCAACUUUGUCCAAGUCUUGCUCAAUGGCAAGUCUGACCUCCACUGCUUCUCAAGCUGCCGAACUGCGGCGACGCAUUGUCAGCCCAGCAAGCUUUAGCAGAGUCAAGUCCAUACUGAGAGGCAAUAAGAAUGCAGCAGAAAAUGGCACGAGUGCCAUUCCAGCACCUCAGGCCUCGCAAACUCCGCAAGCUCCCAGGGUCAGCAAGGAGCUGCCCCCGAUUGCGCUGACGACUCCUCGUCGGACGCUGACGAAGCGUGUCACUUUCACCCCUGACGUUGUGAUGGCUGUCAACUCUCCGUCUCCACAGCAGCGAUCGAGCCUGUUCAAACUACGCCCGGCCUUGAAGACUAUCGAAACACAUUACGCAGGCCUGGAUGAUGUUCUCGCCGAGUCCAAGUCUAGCAGUCACUCAUUAUAUCCGGAUCUCUCCCCUUUGAAGCACCUGAUUGAUACGCAGUCGCGUCGGCCGUUCUCCGCGUCCCCGUCAAGACCGGGGACCUUUACGUUCCGGAGCGACCACACGAUCAACUUUGGGGGCGACACUGGUUCGUCGGGGUUUGGCGCGUCACCUGGUCAGUCCAGCGUCCGACAUGUCAGCGAACCAGCUUUCUCGAGCAAUAUUCCAGGCACCUUUCCUGCGCCGACGUCGCCGUCUUCGCAUCCGAAUAAAGAGAACACGGCACCAUCAUCGGUGAAGCUGCUCCCCGGAACAGCGCAUGGAAUGCAGAACAAAAAACGCCACCGCGCCACUCUGGACGAAGAUGAUUUUGCCGACGGCCGUGCCGCCAAAAAAAGGAAGAACGAGAAUGUUCCGGAAGGACAAGAGCUUCUGGCACCCAGGCUAGUCAAAGCUGAACCAGCAAGUGCCAGGAAGGCCAGUCGAUUCGGCCGAACGCCCACAAGGACAGCCAUCAGCCGUACUCCUGCGGCACGAACUCCUGGAAGGCCUGCCGCAACUGCGAGCCCAACCAAGAAGUCCGCCGGCCUCAGCAUGAGCCGCCUGAAUAUGUUGGCCAGGCCCAAGAAUCGAGUGUAG